AUGGCUGGAAAGCAGAUUAACAGCGACGGCUCAGUGCAGCCACGCGUAAACGCGUCCAGCACACGGCUCGCAUCUCUCCGCACAGCCACUGAUACGUCCACUGCCCCUGCACGACGGCCCCCCAAGUUCGUACCAAAGGCUGCCAAACGUCGUCCUGCUUCAGAAAAUAAUGGAGAUAUAUCAAUCUCUGGACCACAACGCUCACACGAUGCAAAGCUGCAUUCAGCUGGUCCUGGAGCGCUUAAACACGACAAUAGAGGUCGAGGCGAGUACGGUCGUCGUGGAGGCAGAGGAGGCCGUGGCGCCGGUCGGGGACGUGGUAGUGGACGUGGUCGGGGUGUGCUGCCUAGUGGAAAAGUCGCUUUUGUCGGCACGCUCUCGGGUGGAUCUUCAUACAGUGGGGGUGGCAGUACUCCUGCUCCACGAUCUGCAGACUACUCAGCUGCUGGCGGCACAGGUAUCAGUGUGCUAGACGAGGAGGAAAUGCCUGGAGGAAAAAUGCCGGAACUGAAGGUCGAGGAAGUGUGGCCACCAGUGAUCAAGUCAGUAAUGGAACCAAUGAGUUUGCCGAUUGUGCGACCACCGGAACCGGCGAGUGCUGGUGCCAUCUUCUGCGACGCUACGGGUGACAUUGUGGCCUUGGACGACUCGCUUUUCUUUAUUCAAAUGCCGACGACAUUACCGCUUUCAAGUGCUGUAUCGAAAUGCAAUAGUACGGAAGAUCAAGGGAUGGAGAAUGAGGACGACAUGAAGGACCAGGAAGUUAAGAAGUCAAAGGAAAGCAACAGCACGGACGAGUCUCCUGACGAUGGAGUGUUUGACCAUUCUAUUGAGGCCGCACCGGGCGGAUUUAUUGGCAAGAUUUGCGUGCACAAGUCCGGCAAGAUGGUGCUAAUCCUUGGUGGCAAGCAAUUCGAAGUGGCAGCAGCCCAGACGCCAUCCUUUUGCGAGGAAGUGUACGCUGUGAACACGACGGAGAAGCAUUUGAGCAUUUUGGGCAAUGUUGAGCGCCAUCUCGUGGUGACCCCGGACUUUGAUGUGCUGUUACAUUAA